AUGUCUUCUGAUACUUGUCGCUUUGAAGCUAGCAGCCAACUACACGACCAUGGUGAUGGUCAUGUUCACAGUCAUGGUGGACACGACGCUCACGAUCAUGGGCACACACAUGAAAUACUUGAUUCACCAGGGUUAUAUCAAGAACGCCCCAAGGCUCAAUAUGAAAAGAGAGACUGGUCUGAAAGAGCGUUCACUGUGGGUAUUGGAGGACCAGUUGGUUCCGGAAAGACGGCACUUAUGCUUGCCCUCUGUCAAAGACUUCGCGAUCAAUACAGUAUCGCUGCAGUAACGAAUGAUAUUUUUACAAAAGAAGAUACCGAAUUCCUAGUAAGAAAUGCUGCUUUACCCGAAGAGCGUAUUGCUGCAAUCGAAACAGGAGGAUGCCCACACGCUGCUAUCCGUGAGGAUGUAUCUGCCAACUUGAAUGCUUUGGAAACGCUUCAUGCGAAAUUCAACACACAACUCUUAUUGAUUGAAUCUGGUGGAGACAAUUUAGCUGCAAACUAUAGCCGUGAAUUAGCUGAUUAUAUUAUCUAUGUCAUUGAUGUUGCUGGAGGAGAUAAGGUACCAAGAAAAGGUGGUCCUGGUAUCACUCAAAGUGAUUUGCUCAUCAUCAACAAAACUGACUUGGCAAAUAUUGUUGGUGCAGACCUUGAUGUGAUGGCUCGUGAUGCAAAAAAGAUGAGAGGAAAUGGCCCUACUGUUUUUGCCCAAGUCAAAAAUGGUGUUGGUAUGGAUGAAAUUGUAUCGCUUAUUUUGGGCGAAUGGCGUGCAAGUGGUGCUGCCAAAGAAUCAUCUUAA